AUGUGGAACUACAUCUGCGUAGCAGUGAUGUUCGUCCUCAAGGUGCCAAUAGACGCCUACAGACGGGGCCCUACAGGGCCAGUGUUCAGCCGAACAAGCGCAAUGAGGCACUCGCGGCCUCGGCCUAAAGCAGAUUCAAAUGACGGUGACGCAGGAGUGAGAUGUUACUGCAAUACUGCUCAAUGCGUGGGUACGGGGUACAUGUGCCGGUCUGCGCGCAGCGGGGGAUGCUACAGCGAGCUGCCCAGACGCACGCACCACGCAAGGCACGGAUGCCUCCAUCAUCUGGCUGAUACAGAUUCCUCCGACGAUAUUGACGGUACACAAGAUGUGGACGAUAAAAAGGCUAAAGGAGCGUUCCAACAACAUUCCUAA